AUGCUGCCCACCGCCUGCGACACGCCGAUGGUCGUCCACUGCAAGUCGGGCAAGCGCGCCAACGAGGCGAUCUCGUAUCUCGCGGCGCAAGGCUAUACUAGGCAGACAGCCCAAGAGCUCUCAUAUCACUGCCUCGCCGCACCCCGCAUAUAUGCUUAG